AUGACCCAAAUGUCAGGCUCUUCAUCUGUUUCGUACAACAAUGGCUCUUUCCGUUCUACUACCAAUGCCAACCUUUAUCUGGAGGAUGCAGCACAGCUGGUUCCAGAUAUGGGUUUAGGCUUUGGCUCAGCGUACAAUGAAGAUGGUAAAGGGAAAAAAAUGGUGAUGCAAGGAUCUCAUGCAGGCACGCAUAACACUAUCCAGCCUACUCUGAACGACUUGAAUCCGCCUACUACUUCUUCCCAGCUGCAGUACAGUCCUACAAUGUCUUUGAAAGGUGGAAAGGGCACCAACAAAGUUAAUAUUAUGGCUAGCCCUGUCCAAAUCAAGCUGAGUGAACCUCCUUCUGCACGUGAGAAUAAGAAUUCUCGCGCAUCAAAGUCCAAGAAAAACGGUGCAAAUGGCAAGAACGAAAUGGUGUUCGUCAACUACUCGGUCCAAGAUACUGUUGAGAAUCAAAAGAAGAAGAAACAAUCCAAACGAGAUCGCAUGCUGAGGAUUUUCACUGGUAGUAAUAACAGUAAUGCCGCAAUGUCCAAAGGAAUUUCAACUCCUCAAUCCAGCGGCAGCAGCAGCAGCACAAUGACACUGCCAGCGCAGCCGCAACUACCUCACUCAGCUCCAGCAUCUGCUACAAAGAGAAGUUACGCGUCGUUUUUGAAGUACCAUCGUUCUUCCUCGAACAGCACACCGACUCAGGCUGAGAGUUUCGCAGAAGUUGUUCCAAAGUCGGAACCAAUUCCCAAUGGCCAGAAGCCAGCUCUUACCAGAUCAGCAAGCUCGAGUGUAGCAUUGAUAAGAAACAAUGGAAGAUGCUCUCUAUCUCAAUCGGCUAUGAAACUCGGUAAAAGCCAUGAACACUUCGAAAAAAUGGAUCUUCUAAAAUUCAACAUGGCGAAAAACUCGGGUUCCGGUAGCGCAUCAUCCCAAACUCCACCGAAUUAUUUGCAUAGAUCUAAGAGCAAUUCAAACUCAGAAUUGAGAAGGGUGCCAACUGGGUCUAUGGAUGCUUCAACUACUUCUUCUAUUCCUUCAGCCUCCUCGCUCUCAAACAUCCCAACACCCACGAUGGCUAGAGUUUAUAACCCAAAACAACAAUUUAACCCCGAUGAGGAAGAGUUCGAUCAUCAUUACCUGGAACCAUAUCAAGAAUAUGACAACUUCUCAUCAUCAGCAUCAUUGCAACCGUCUGGGGAUACUCCUGAUUCAUUAUCAACUUUUUUCACUGACGAAAAUGAUGCUUCGGUGGCUUUUAGUAAAUUAUUCACAAGGAAAAGAACAAAUACUGGCGGGUCCAUUAGUUCUACACUUUCCCUCCAAGCGACACAACCGGCAUUUCCGCACUUAGAUAGAAACCCAAGCAAUAAUUCUGUGCCCUCAUUUCGUCAUUCCCCAAUUAGAUCCUCCUCCCAAAGCAGAACAAGAUCAAAUACUAGAAAUUCUAGUCAAAGACUUUCUAGAGACCUUACAACUCUGCAAUUAUCUUUGAAGAACUCAUCUGGUGAUUCUAGUGAUGGUCCGGGUAUGGAAUCCUUUUUGGAUACCAAUAGUAAAUCUGGAAGAUUAUCUCAUAGGAAAAAACAGGAAUCCAUAUCAGAUAUGGCAAAGUAUCACAACAGCCAAGGAACUAUGCUAAAUUACGCAUCUGCAAAUAGUACAACUUCUAUGUCGUCUUCAUCGUCUACUCCUGGAACAACAGAAAGUACACUAAUGCAGUUCUCCAAACCAUCCCAGCAACAACAGCAGUUUUCGGUUCAAAGAGAAAACUCAUUGGAAAAUGAUUUGGCUGACGAAGAGGAACAGUUUUACUUUAAACCUGUCAUCCGCGAGGAUGAAGAAUACGAAUCAGCUAUUAACACAAGUGCUUCCAGUAGUCAUAUGGGUGUCUCUUCAACAACUACUAUAUCUACGAGGCAAACUGCGCCUGAAAUAGCUGAGUUUAAGCAACCGUUCUCCACAUCAAACGUAACCAAAGAGGAGGGGCAAAAUAUCUACGCCCCAAAGAAGAACUCUGCUGGCGAAACGAUGGCAGAAAACAAACAAACUGGCUGGGAUCAACCUAAUGAAUUAUUCAAUAACUACAUUGAUUUCAACUACGAAGAAAUUCCCUCGUCCCAGUUUUUGAAUGAGAACGGGAACUUACUUCACCAGGUUUUUAAUUCAAAUAAUGACACCUCAACAAUCACUUCUGGUAUGAACAUAUCUCCAAUUACUAUUACAGGGGCAAACACUUCACAGGAUGAGGUGGCUAGUUUUGCACCUAAGACUCAUCAAGUCUAUAACUCAAAUCUGUCAUUUCAAUCUAGGGUUAUGAACGAUAUCGAUCGUCUUGCUCAUGGAUUUAACAUAUCUGAUUUUCCAAAUGAAAAAGUGAAUGACUGA